GCACUUCUCUCUUAAAAAAUACACAUAGUAUAGUAAGCAAGUCCUCUCUCUCUCCGCUCAAGUUUGUGCCUAACUCUCUCUGUCUCUCUGCUUCAAAUCUCUCUCGUUUCGAAUUAACCCGCAAAUAAGGUUUUUGCGUGGUUUUCUAGGGUUUUUUGCUCGAUUUUGUCGGAAAGCGGUGAAAAAGAGGGUUUUUGAGGUGAUGUUUCUGUGAAUUGGCGUGAUUGAUGGAGAUUGUGGGAGGUAGUGAGGUGCGAUCUGAGGAUUUGAGUGUGCGUGUCGGUGAGAAGAGAGCGGGGACUGGGGGUGAUGAUGCGGAGGGUAGGGCGGGGAAGAAGCCGAGGAAUGGGGGCGAAGUGAGGGGGAAUUUGAAGAGAGUGGCGGAGAUUGUGCUGGUGUUGGAGACUUUGGGGAAAAUGAGGGGAGGAAGGAGUCCGACGGAGGCGGAAGUUGAGAUGAUGAGUGAAGCUAGAGGGAAAUUGGCGGAGGUUUGUCGGGAAUUUAAGCCGAAAGAUGUGUUUCCAAGGGAGGCAUUUGGUGUGGUUAUGGAUGAUCUUGGCCUUAGUAAGAUGAAUGAACAGAUGUUAGGGUUUCGGGCACCUAAUGUUCCUAUUGCUCAGAAAUUGAAGCUCACUCAAGAAAAGAUGGGAAAAUCAGAGGAGUUUGCUGUACAUUCUGCUUCAUAUUCAUCGCAGAAGUUGCAAAAAAAUCCUGGCCCAGCAUCUGAAAGUGGAUCGUCUCAUGCUGUUCGAAUGUUAACUUCACAGAAACCAGGUCAAGCGUCAACUGCUUCUGUAGGCCUCCAACCUGCUUCCCAGUUGGCUCGAGUUUCUGCAGCGAACUCAACAGCUUUGCCAUAUCAACUGCCUACUAGUGAAGUAAGACCUCUGGUUCUUGGUGAAACACCUGGCAGCAAUGUUGGAAGGGAUUCUUCGUCAUCAGCAUUGCCUAGACCUCAUUUUAGUGGUGCCUACACUUCACAAGUUCAAGUUAAUUCUUCUGGUAAUCAUAGUAGGCCUGUAUCUUGGUCUGUGCAACCACUGCAAUCUACGAUGUCAGCCAAAAAUGCAGCAGACAGUAAUGCACGUAAUGCUUCUAAAAAGGUCGAGGAAGCUGCUAAGAUGUCACGAGCGGUACCUAAAGUCUCGAAAUCAAUUACUAAUCAGACAUCUGUGCAACCACAACAUAUUCAGCAGAGGACUGGACCUGGGCAUGCCCUUUCUUUGAAAAGUAAGCACACUGAUAUCGCCAAUUUAGUCCAGAAGCUGUUACAACCGACACUUCAUGAGCGUCCUACUUGGGCUUCACCUUCAAGGGAUUACAUGAACAAGUCUUUGGCUUGUCAACUGUGCAAGCUUAUUUCGCUCGAGGUUGACAAUGUUUUAGUCUGUGACGGUUGUGAAAAAGGUUAUCAUUUAAAGUGCCUUAAGAUUAACAAUCAAAAGUCAAUUCCUAGAGGCGAGUGGCACUGUGCAAAGUGUUUGUCUUUAACCAAUGGCAAAGCUUUACCCCCUAAAUAUGGCCGUGUCUUGAGAAAUGCAAUAACUGCACCCAAGGUGACUUCUAAUGCUGCAACAGUUGACAUAUCUCAAGACAACAAACUGGGAGCGGCUGUUGGGAAGGUAACUGGAAAUGGGAAGUCUGGUAUACAAGAUGCUCCUGGUGGUACUAUGGACAACACUACUAAAUCUUUUGCAGCUGGCACGGAGAUGACAGAUAAAAGAGUAAUGCAUAAAGAAACUGAUGACAAUUUUUCUGGUCUUGUUUCAACUGAUGUGAUGAAAACCUCAGCAGAUUCCUGUAUUAAAUCUGUUGGCUCAUCAAAUGAAGUAUCAUAUGACAAGAAAGUAAUUGCUCAAUCUGCUUCAUAUCCUCCGGCAGACCCUCAGACAGUCGAGAAUAUCUCUAGUAACUCCGUGAACCCGACAACAAAUUUUCCUGGCAUCAACUCUAAGGUCAAGGACUUGAAUAAAUCUGGCUCUGAAAUUGUUCAUGGAGCUAGGCGAGAUGAGCAAGGAACCCUGCAUGCUAAUCACGUUAAAAUUUCUGAAACCAGUUCUGGGCCUAAUAAGCAAGAUGUUGCGUUUUCUGAUGGUUUGCAUCAAGUUAACUGGAUUGGCGAUAUACUUAACGUGGUGGAGGAGAAGACUUAUUACCAGUCUUGCUCUAUUAAAGGGGUCGUGUAUAAAGUUCAUGAUCAUGCAUUAUUUCGUUUACAGGACAACAUAUUGACACCCUUUAAGCUUCAGAGUAUGUGGGAGGAUAGCAAAACAAGAUCAACGUGGGUUAUUGCAUCCAGGUGCUACUUUCCUGUGGAUCUGCCUAAGGCUGUUGGUCGCCCAUUUGCUCCUGAUAAUAACGAGGUAUAUGAGUCUAAUCAUGAUACUGCAUUAAAGGCUGGUUUGAUUGAAGGACCCUGUAAAGUUCUUCCACCACGACUCUUUGCUGAAGAAAAUCAAAGGAAAAUUCGUCUAGGGAUGGAAGCCAGUGGUAGACUACAGCCCCUUUUUGUUUGCAAAUGGUUCUUUGAUGAACGGAAAGGGCUUUUCCGUGAUGUUACCAGUUGAUUUAGUUGCACAUCUAGGCCGCAAAGUUUUAAUGUUAUUUAAUUUGCUACUCGGCGGCCUCCACAACUGUAUCAGAUUCUUGAUGGAACGACACAUUGCGGGGAGGCUUCGUGGAGGUUACUGGAGUUUCCAGUACUCAUUAUCUUGUACCAAAUGUAGCUUCAAAUUUGUAGUCUGCAAUUGUCUUUUUUAGUUGUACAUUUUAAAUAGAUUAUUAUUAAUGUCUCAUGUAGUGCUUAGAGUCUGUCAUUACAUAGAAAUUUUAUAGCUGAUACCAAAAGAUGUUUUCUGUGACUAUUUUACUUUGCUAGAUGAUAAAUGAACUUGACUUUGAAGAUAA